AUGUACAGGGCUAAUCUUAGAACUCAAAAGAGACUCGCUGCCAGUGUUGUCGGUGUUGGUAAGAGAAAGAUCUGGUUAGAUCCUAACGAGACCACCGAGAUCGCUAACGCCAACUCCCGUCAAGCCAUCAGAAAGUUAUACAGAAAUGGUACCAUCGUCAAGAAGCCAGACACCGUCCACUCCAGAUCCAGAGCUAGAGCCCUUUUGGAAUCCAAGAGAGCUGGUAGACACAUGGGUUACGGUAAGAGAAAGGGUACCAAGGACGCUCGUAUGUCUUCCCAAGUUUUGUGGAUGAGAAGAUUGAGAGUCUUGAGAAGAUUAUUAGCCAAAUACAGAGACGCCGGUAAGCUCGACAAGCACUUGUACCACUCCUUGUACAAGUCUGCCAAGGGUAACACCUUCAAGCACAAGAGAUCUUUGGUCGAACACAUCAUCCAAGCCAAGGCUGAAGCUUUGCGUGAAAAGGCCCUCAAGGAUGAAGCCGAAGCUAGAAGAUUGAAGAACAGAGCUGCUCGUGAAAGAAGAGCACAAAGAGUUGCUGAAAAGAGAGAAGCUUUCCUCGCUGAAAACUAA